GCCCAGGUCAUCUCUCCCAUUGUUCCUUGUCUCUCACAAAAGCUAAAAGAGCAGGAACUCGCCAUCAUUCUCCAUUCUCCAUGCCAUAUAACUCUGAUAACCACUCUCACCACCACACAACCACUUCAACAGGAAGCAAAGAAGAGCAAAGAUGGGCUUGUGGAACUGGCCUUGGAAAGCAGGAUCACCUUCUGGCUUCAGUUCAUCCUCGACCGCCGAAGAGGUCACUGAAGGGAUUGAUGCCAGCCAUCUUACGGCAAUUGUCACAGGAGCAACAAAUGGCAUUGGAAAAGAGACAGCAAGGGUUCUAGCUUUAAGAGGGGCAAAGGUCAUCAUACCAUCCCGAACAAUGGAGAGUGGCAUGAAGGUCAAAGAGAGCCUGCUUGAACAAAAUCCAGAUGCGAAGCUCCAAGUCAUGGAGAUGGAUCUCAGCUCCCUCAGCUCUGUCGAUGCCUUUGCUCGCUCCUUCAAUUCAUCAAACAAACAUCUAAACAUCCUCAUCAACAAUGCAGGCAUAAUGGCUUGUCCAUUUCAAUUGUCAAGAGAUGGAAUAGAGUUGCAAUUUGCUACAAAUCACCUUGGACAUUUUUUACUGACAAAUCUCUUACUCAAAAAGAUGAAAGCCACAGCCAAGGAAACAGGAAUACAGGGAAAGAUAAUCAAUGUCUCAUCACUUGCACACAGAAGAAGUGAUGGAGCUUGGUUUGAUCUUGAUAAGAUCAAUGACAAGUCAAGGUAUAAACCUGUUGCCGCAUAUUCUCGCUCAAAACUAGCAAAUAUACUGCAUGCAAAUGAGUUAUCUAGGCGUUUACAGGAAGAGGGGUCUAAUGUAAUGGCCAACUCUUUGCACCCAGGAAUGAUAAUCACCAAUAUAGCUCGCUACUUAAACAUAAAUGUUGUAGUGUUUUCACUUGCUGCUACUCUAGGAAAACCUCUUCUAAAGAGCAUACCCCAGCAUGAGGAAAAUGUCGCAAACUAAAAAGGCAUUUUACUCUGCAGGGAGCUGCAACUACCUGUUAUUUAGCAUUACAUCCAAAUGCAACAAACAUAACUGGAAAAUAUUUUGUUAACUGCAAUGAGGCAACACCUUCUCUGAAGGCAAGAGAUAAAGCUCUGGGCAAAGGGCUGUGGGAGUUUAGUGAAGAGCUUCUUAAGAGAAGCAGCAGGCAACCAUAACAAGAAGUUCAAGACAUUACAGAAGUCCUCCAAAUGUUUGUUCCACUCAUCAUUAUUAUUACUCAUAUUUUUUAGUAGCAGUAUGAGUACUCAGUGAAUACUUGUACAAAUUUUUGAGACAUAUUGGGUAGAGUCUAAUUAAGCUCUGUUUGUCUCCAAUUCAAACUUUGACUCUAGAAUCAAGAGCCGAAUGCAGGUCAUUUAUCCCUGGUUGGUUUGUGCAAUGGAAUUACAGGUUUAGAGGGGAUCGAGAAUGUCUUGCAUAUGAUGAUGUUAGCACAAGUUUGCAGAAAAUGUCAUCUUAUGAUGUGGGGAAGAAGGAAUAUGAGAGUGCUAGAAGAGAUAUCGAGACUUGAAAGUUAUGUGAACCACAUGCAGCAAGAACUGUUUGAUUCAGAGUCUAUUUGCCUGGCAUUUAGUUCUGGAACAUGCAAAGA